GACGUUGUUCCUCUCCCCACAGCGAUGUUUGGUGGUCGACUUUGUUAUCGUAGCUACUUCGUUAAGAGCAUUGUGCUACUUCUCUGGGUCUGCUUCUACUAUGUGGAGACUUCCAGUGGAAAACGCGUCAUUCAUAAAAACGUUGGCGAUACUGUGGAGCUUUCGUCAGGCUUACCAACUGAAGGAGUGACUGCAGCAACGUGGAGAUAUGGACAAAUAACAGUUGCAGGGAAAGAUGUGGAUGUUUCUAAAGACUCUCCAUUUAAGGACAGAUCAGAGCUGAACCUCACAGACUUUAAUUUAACAGUGAGACAACUGACUCUUCAAGAUUCUGGUGAUUUCACUUUUGUCUCAGAGGUGAAUGAUAAGCAAAGGCCUUCAGUCACCAUCACUCUGCAAGUUCAUGAUCCCAUAGCUAAGCCUGACAUAAAAAUCAGUUCUACCUGGAUUCCCUUAAAUGAAUCAUGUAAAGUUCUGCUGGAGUGCAGCACAACUGGUGAUGUCAGCUACAACUGGACUGUAGGAAAACAAACACUAACUGGUCCCAGGCAACAAUACAUCAUCAGGGAGCAGGAUGGAGAGACCAAUGUCACCUGCACAGUUUCCAAUCAUGUCAGUGAGAAGUCUGCAUUUCAAACUGUGAAGUGCAGCAAAGACACACAACAAGAACCAGGAAAAUACAUUUUCCUUUUCGUGGGCAUAGCUGGUGGAUGUUUGAUUCUUGUCACUAUAGCCAUUAUAGUGGGAGUUUGUUGCUGCAGAAAAAAACAAGUUGGAAGUGACACAAAUGACCUCACUGUGUAUGCUGAUAUUGGUGAGCUUACAAAUGAUGACGGGACUUCAUCUACCAUGCAGCCUUGCUCGGUGUACGAAACCAUCGAUAACAGAGUCCCAGCAGUUAAACCUGGGCCUCAGACCAUCUACGACAAGAUCCAGCUUAAUCGUGUGAGGAAGGUUUCAGUGUCCCCCUACCAAGAUGUUUCCUAGUUGGUGUACAGUUUCCUUUGUCCAUUUUUUGUGUAAACAUAAAAAAGGUGAAGUUUAACAUUUUGCUUUUAACAACAAUUUAUAAAAUGAGCAGAAUGAGAAAAUACAAGGUUAAUAUGAAAACAAAAGAGGAAACAUUUGUUUACUACAUUUAGUCUGUGACUUUUAUAAUAUUAUUAUUAUAAUACUGGAGAAAGUGUCUCUUUUUUUUAUUGACGUUGUAAGCUAUAUGAGGAAAUUCAUUAACGUGUAAAUUAUGUAAAUUACAGAGUAUAUUAUGAUUUUUUUUCUUCUGAUACACUUAAUUGCAUUAAUGUGACUGUAAAUUAUUUUGUUAAUAAUUAUUUUGUUGACAAUAGUUCUACCAGUAUUUUUUUUUAUUGUUAUAAAAACUACCUGCACAGUCAUAGUAUGCAGUGCUCAUUCUACUACAAUUAUUGUCAGUCCCAAACACUGAAUCAACAGACAUCUUAACCAACAAAGUGAUAGUUAACACAGAAUUAGAGUUUUUGAACCAUGACAAUCCUCAUUAACUCAGGGUUAAAGCCCCUUCAUAGCAUAGUCCUUAAUUCUGCUGCCUGUCCCAGACUCUCCAUCAGCCAAUCACAACAAACUGUUAUAUUCUGUUUGUCAAAGCCGUUGGAUGGAAGAGUCGCAUCAUCUCCAAUCACUCCAAUGGACCAUUUAUUUAGAACAGUGGUGGAUGAUGGAGCCUCACAAUAGUUCCAAAAGUUAGCAAUACAUACUAGCCACACCGCAGAGAUAUAACAGCACAAAAGACUGAGAUGCACUUUUUAAAGGGAAGAUGUUUAAAAAUAAAACUCCAUGCUAUCAGUACACCAAGAAAAAAUUAAGUUGUGCCAUACAAUGCAAGCCUAAUGUUUUGUUAGUGUCUACAUUAGGAGAUUUAGGUGCUGUAAAAAAAAAAAAAAAAAAA